AUGGCUGCCCCGGCGCUCCGCGUGGCGAUCCUCGCCGCGGUCCUGCUGCUCCCAUUCCUCAGCGUGCCGGGCGCCAAGGCGCAGACCAAGAAGUUCUGCCUCACGCAGUUCGCCAUCGCCAGCCAGGCCUGCGCCAUCCUGCCGCCCACCAGCCCCGAGCACCGCCACCACGAUCACGACGACGAGGAAGAGGAUGAGAACGAAGACGAGGAGAGCGACGAUGAAGACGAAGACGAAGACGAAGACGAGGACAGUGACGACAGCGGCGGCGGCGGCGGCGGGGGUGAUGGCGGCGGCGGUGAUGGCGGUGGCGGCGGCGGUGGUGGAGGCGGUGGCGAUCCCACUAAACCCGCCGUCGCGUCCUCCAUGAUCACCGUCGAGGCAGCGGAGGUGGACGCCUCCACCGACGACGACGACCGCAACGGCACCAGCCACUCCGUGGUGAGAGACGGAAACCACACCCGCAGCGGAGGCGGCGGCAGCAGCAGCGCGCGACGCCGCCACGGCUCCAGCAGCAGGCGCCGCCGCCGCCGCCGACACCGCCGUGGCCGUCUCCGUGACGGAGAAGACGCCGAGGACGAGGACGAAGACGAAGACGAAGAUGAGGAAAACGAAGAGGAUGAGGACGAGGAUGAAGACGAGGACGACGACGACGACGACGACGAGGACGACCACCGCGCGUACAGGGACUGCUGCCGGUGGCUGAAGGAGGUGGAGCCGGACUGCGUGUGCGAGGCGCUGCUCCGCCUGCCGCCCUUCCUCGUCAGGCCGCAGCACAAGUACACCGUCAAGGUGGGCAACUCCUGCAAGUUCAGCUACAGGUGCGGCGGCGUCUGA